GAAAACUGCGAUCUAGGCGACUCAUGUGGCUUUUCUUGCCGCUCUCUCACACACAUUUGUAAGAAAGUGCAAGUGAGGCUCUCCAAAAGGCGACCCAUUACAGCAGCAAACUCCUCUGGGCCCCCCACCCGUUGCUACAUAUAUUGCUCCUCGCAGUUUACCCCGCAGCCUCGCGCUCAGCUUCAUUGUUACAAUCCGCGACCCAACUACACGAACUGAGAACGCUUGAUAUUUGCAGCAGACUUCGCUUCGAAGGCAUACAGAAACAUGAACGAAGUGCAUGUAGCAAAUGUUUUAGAAUACGACAACUCUGAAUUUACCUCGAAAAAGCCCGCGCACACUUGCUCCAUCUCGUACAGGUCAUCCUCUAUCAAGCCCUCCAUGCGAUCUAGCAGAUCUCGAAUCACACUUGUUGGAUAUGAUGAAGAUUUGGAGUACAAACUAGACACUGCGUACGGCACAACAGACAAAGUCAAGGAAUCCACCUGGCUGGACCAUUUUUUGGGCGUCUUCUGCAUUAGAAGGAGAGGCAGAGUCUCGUUGAGAAUGACAGUCAUGCCAACAAAACCCGAAGAGGACGAGUACCACUGCCGCUCUCCGUAUAUCUUACCUGUCCACGUUCUUUCGACUCAAAAGGACAAGUCAAGACAUUUCAUACCGAAAGAAGCCAAAUGUACGAUCGACACCGGAAACCUUCAAGGGAACUUGGUAUCCAAAACAUUUGUCAUUGAUGUUCUCGGAUACCCUGAGUCCUGCUUUCAGCCAUUGACAAAAGUGGAAGAGGCUGGAGGGACUGGAGUAACUGGCCACAAGCUCAUCCCGCAAGGCGCAAUCUCUCUGACGUGGUACCAUAACAAUAGCACCCGCGUAUUCCGGGACAUGCGCUUUUUGAUCUCAGAGCAUCCGAUGUAUGACCUUAUCAUUGGCUCCCAGUCUAUCCACCAAAAUAGGAUCUUGGAUGUGCCAAAUUUGAUGGAUGGGGAGCAUAAUGUUCCUAAUAAGGAGAAAGGCUCAGAGAAACUUGAAGAGCUCCGUGAUAUUAUGAACGAAAGAAAAACAGAGUAUGCACCAAUUCAGAAGAAAGUAGAAGGGCCGAAAAAAUCCAAGGACCCCAAGAUUCUGGAGCAAUAUCAUUCCCUCAAGCAGAAAUAUGAGAUUGCCGUGCAAAACUUCAAUGCCGAGAAUCGACGGUUUCAGAUUGAUAGAUACUGGAACAAGCACAAAGAAGUGAAAGGCCGCAACGAAAAACUCGAAGAACUGAGAAAUGAGUGGCAAAAAGACUUCCCAGGCGAGGAGAUCCCGGCACGGGUUUUGACAAACCCUAAGGCAACGAAGGGCGAUUGACCAACUUCAUGGUCUGUCCGGCAAAUAACCUUCCUAUUCUGUUGUACAUCGCGCUUACAGGCUAUCGAGCAAUCGGCUUUGGGACAUUUUCUUUUCGGAGGUACGGUUUUGUUUUGUUUGAGAUUUCGGCGAAUUGAAAGUGAAGUAGCUCAGACGAAUAACGGAUUUCAUGACACAUUGCAAGAAGUAUUAGUGAUUAACGCAUCACGCCCACUAGAAGC